AUGCUGGGAGCACAAGCAAUUCGAACAAAACAGAAGAGCAAAGAGAGGAAGAAGAAGUUAUCUGGCUUAGAACUGCAAUGUGAACGAAUUCAAAAGGCCGCGAGUGCAUUUUACAGAGAAGACGAAGCAAAGUUUCUGGAAAAAGUGGCACAUCUCCAUCUAGAAGAUGCGCGAGCUGUCACCGAAAUAGCGGAAGAAACUAAACGUAAUAAACAAAAACGACACCACUCCGUUCAGGAGCCACCAUCUACUCAUCUUUCAUCCAUUGAUUAUUCCGAUAAUCCGCAUCCAUUCUCUAAAAGCCCGUCAACUUCUUUCACAAAGGUGAUGAAAUCUGAGAGAAGCGGUAUGAAUUUUGUGAAUACUAAAGAAGACAUUAGCGACAAGAGAUUUCCGAAAUGGUGUGGUUUAUUAUCAUCGUUUUCUUCUGCGGGAAAUAGUCGUCAAUCAUCGAAAAAGCCACCGAAACGACGGAUGUCAACAUUUAUCUAA